CUCCUUUUUGUCUCUAACCCCUGCCCAAACAAACCCCAAACCCCUCUCAAUACCCCUGCCUCCAAACUCUUCCAAAACCAUGCCCCUCAUCCCUCCACAAACUGCCCUAACCAUCCCUACGCCUACCCCUACACCCCCACUUGAAAAACCAUCUAAAACCAUGCAUUUACCCCUCCUAACCACUGCCCAUCACACCCCCAACUUGGGUCCAACAUCCCCACCCCAAUCUGUUCCCAAAGUCAUGUCUUUAAGCCUACCACAAACCCCCAAAAGUACCCUUGAAGAGUCAUCUUUCUUCAUGGUUCAAACCCCAACCUUUGCUCCCCAUUUUUUUAAGUCCGAACUACCUUCUUCUCAAGCUACCGAAACCAUGCAGCCCACUACCCCAAAGAUCAUUUGGGAUGAAUACGAUGACGAGUACUAUAAUCCCAUUUGGGAUGAAGAACUUGUCGAAGAGAAUGAAGAAGUGUUUGAAGACGUAGAGGAUAACCCGUUUUGGGUUACAGAGAUGAAAGAAGAGCAAGAAAAGAAGACCCAUGAAGAAGUUGUCACUACUCACGCGGAAAUCUCCGCUCGAGACCUAUCUUCAUUAACGGUACCUUGUACCAAACGUGUUGAGUUUUUGCACGUCCCGUAUGAAGAGAAGAUUGAGAAGAGUCGUGACUCGAAAUGGUCCAUUCAGCCCGGCGACCUAGUAUGGGUUCACGUUCAUAAGGCGCGUUUGUUUAAUAAACGCAAGUCAAAGCUACAACCCCGAGACGAUGGCCCAUUUGAAGUGUUGGCAAAGGUUCAAAAAAACUCCUACGUGGCCGAUCUUACACGAGGCCUAAAAAUCACUGCCACGUUCCACCAAAGAGAUCUUAGCCCGUACGAGGAUUUUAAAGAUAAUCCAAGUUUGAGGACAAACUCUUUUGAAAACCGGGAGAGUGAUAUAUCUGGGCUCAGCCUCAUCAUGGUUCGCCCUAUACCCUACACUCCCGGGGGAAGCCGAGGACCUAUGUUUAAGCUAUAUGAUCCAUUUUGAAGGCCCUUAAACCCAUGAUCCUCCUCAAUCCCUACAAUCCAGAAACAACACCAAACCUUAACCAUUCUCCCCCUUCUCCUUUUCAUCUUGGCCGAACCCAUCUUCCCCAAAACCCUACCUCAUUCACCCCUCAAGACCAUGUUA